UGCUGUCUAUGUUAGCGACACUGGAAGGUUUGAUUCGCGAUAGUUCGGAGGUGUAAUGGCGGUUGUCUUAUGUUUCGUGUAAAGUGAUGUAAACAUUUGAUUGCAGUUGUUCGCGGCGAGCAUUGUGAGUGUGUAUAAUGGCCUCUGCACUGCUUGUAAGAACUGUAUUUGGAUCGUCAGGUGUAGGUGAAGUGUUAAAAAUAAGAUUCCCGUCAAAUCUGGGAAUCGUAUGGAAUAGACUGAUUUGGAUUGACUGCCCAAAAUUUGUAAAACGUGAAGGACGUAUUUGGAAAGAAGACAUUCCAAAACCUGGAAAUGGACGUCAGUUUCGUCGUAUUGUUCACUAUCCAGAGAAAUACACAGUGGAACCGUUAAACGUAACUAACUUAGGUGGCAGAGAUCCCGUAACAGGUAGAGUUGUUUGCAAGGGAAUUGGUGGAGGGAUCAAACAUAAGUACCACUGGAUAGCCUGGAUUAGGGAAGGUCCUGAUGAAGGAAAACCCAUAGAAGAAAGAGUGAUUCAAAUCAUGGAUGAUGGCUGCAGAACAGCAAAAAUAGCCCUUGUAGCAGGAGGUGACCAGUUGAAGUACAUCCUUGCAACAGAAAACAUGCAGGCAGGCGAUAUCAUCAAGACAUCAAGACACAUACCAAGAAUUCCAGUGCGAGGAAAUGAAGGUGAUGCUUACCCACUUGGGGCCUUGCCAGUAGGAACACGGGUGCAUUGUAUUGAGUCGUAUCCAGGCCAGGGAGGCCGAUAUGUUCGUGCAGCUGGUACAUAUGCUACAAUAAUGCGGCGUAUUGGAGAUCAUGUUGUUGUUCAGAUGCCCACGAAACAUGAACUCUCUUUCUCACAAGAAUGCAUGGCUGUUAUUGGGAGGCUGUCUAACAUAAUGCACAGCAAGACGCCAAUUGGAAGCCCUCAGCGACUUCGUGAGCUUGGCUACAGACCAAGAUCAGGAUUGUGGCAACGCAAAUCUGGAAGACAUGGCCGCAAGAUACGUCCCUUGCCACCACUCCGCGUCAUGGACAAACCCACUCCAAAACCACUAAAACCCCUUCUAUUAACUAUGACAGAAAAUAAACUUUGUCAAUAGUUAUGCACUUAAUUUGAUGAUAGUUGGAACUUUUAAUUUGUCCUGGGUUGGCUUUGAAACAAAUUUACAUCAUUUCAUUUGUAGUGGAAUGGUACAAAGUAUAUUUAUAUUUUGGUUGUAUUACUAAAUACAAAGUGAUCAGAAUAUGUGU